AUGGCCACGACAACUGCGAGCAGCGACGGCGAAGACUGGCUGAAGAUGAAACAGCUCAUCUUUAAGGACGAUAAAUAUCUUGAGGUGCUCUCUAGGGAAAACCUCGUUUUGUUCUUGAUCGGCGUUGACUUGAACGGCAUUCUCGAUGGGCAAAAAGACCGUGAUUUUCAUUUGCUUCUUACACUUGCACAUGGCAAGAGAAAAAUGUCGGAGCUUUCGACCGACUUGAUAGCGUCGCUCGGAACGUCGCUCAAGGCCUCCUUGAAAAAUGGCGACAAGAUUGACGAGAACACAUCUGUACUGAAGAUCGACGCCGCUGGUAGCUCAGUCCAUCUACAUUUGUACAGCCUUCUUCACCCCGACGCCGCCGCCGACGGGAAGAUGAAUGUUUCUUCAAAAGUCUUCGUCAACAGCGACGCGGAGCACCCAGAAACUAGCUUCCUGUCCUCAAACGACUCCUCGAAGCCUGCCGCUGAAUUAGACUUUUGCUUCCCUUAUUCGAAGGAAGGGGAAUCUGUCGACGGACUCAUUGUCCAGCUACCGUCAGGUGCUUGCCCCGAUUCCGAUCGUAACAGACUUUGGGUAUUCAAGAAGUAG